AUAGUUGUCUGCUCUUGUCGUUUUGUUUGUUUGUUUCAUGAUGAUCUUUGCGUUCAUGUAUGCUGCUCUACUCUUUGAGGCACUUGUUCUCAUGUUGUACUAGUGUUGGGCACUUGUUCUCAUAAUCUCGUAAUGAUGUAUUUCAUAUGUAUUGCAGAUGUGUAUUAAGUAUUAACUACUUGCAGGUGGUAGCUAAAUAGUCACCAUCUCGACAUGUAAUCUUAUUAUUAUCCACCGACACACAAGAACAAGAGCAAAAUUUUUUUUGACUAGCCAACAAGAGGUCUUUUUGUAUAAUUUUUUUUUUUGGAACUGUAUUAGGUGGAUAGCAAGUAGCACCAGUUGAGUCACAAGGUCAACUUGCUCAUUUAUGUAUGUAAAUUUUAGAUUGAUUGGAUUUUCCAAUUUAGUAUAUAUACAUACCUAUACAAAUUAGAGAGAAUCAAAAACCGAAAAAGAAUCUUUGUACAUCAUUAUUUUGCUAGGGUUUAAUGGAAGAAGUACUACUUCCCAUCCUCCUCCUAUUGGUAACCAUUAUCCUCCUCACCCUGAAGACGAUGAGGAAGAAGAAGUUGGAGGUGAACGGCGGUCCACUGCCGCCACUACCACCAGGCCCAAGGAAGCUCCCGAUAAUCGGGAACCUCCACCAGCUGGCCUUCACCUCCCUCCUCCCCCACCGCCGGCUCCGGGACCUGGCCCGACAGUACGGGCCACUGAUGCACCUCCAGCUAGGCGAGACCACGAACGUCGUGGUCUCGUCCGCGGAGCUGGCCAGAGAGCUCCUCAAAACCCACGACCUCAACUUCGCCUCCAGGCCCUCCCGCGUCUCCGCGGACAUCAUACUGUACGAAGCCAGAGACAUCGUGUUCGCCCCCUACGGCGAGUACUGGCGCCAGAUGCGCAAGAUCUGCACCCUGGAGCUCCUUAGCCCCAGGCGCGUGGGCUCGCUACGGGCCGUCAGAGAGGCGGAGGUCCGCGAGCUAAUCGGAUCCAUCGACCACUCCGCCGCUCAAUGGAGUCAGAAGAUGAAAUCAGGUGUGUCUUUUUUUUUUUUAUCCCCCGAAAUAUAAAUUAUUUUUAUCGGAGAUUUCAUUUGCAGUGCACAGUAAAAUUAAUUUAUGACAAUCAAAUAACAAUAAGUUGAGUUUCAUUGAAGUGACAAGAAUAUAUUUAUUACAUCAUC